CGUUGAUCAAGUUCCGAGUGAUAAACAUGGAACUCAGUGGUGUAUAUAACUGUAAUGUCAGAGUCAAGGAGGAACCAAAUGACGUUUUCCCAAUUGAAAAUGAAGAUUAUAAGAUAAUUGAUAAUACAUACGAUGUUGAAACCGACGAAUUCUCGAGUUUUCGUCGAGAAAAUUUAACUCAUAAGCUUCAAGAAUAUGAUGAAAAUUCUGGACCUAAUGCUGAUUUGGAAAUAGAAUUCGAAUGUAAGGACGAGAAGCUCGGCAUUGACUUAUUAGUAGUUAAGAAAAUCGAGAACGAUUAUCCAGAUCAUUUGCAGUAUAUGAAAAAUAGUUUCGAUUAUCAGACCCAAAAGAAAAUUAAAGAAGAAAUUGUCGACGAAGUAAAAGAGGAAUUGAAUUUAGAUGAUGAACUCAGUGAUACAUUUGAUACAAAUAAAAAAACAUUUGCUCAAAAUAGUCAAUGCAAAACCCAAACUGAUAAGGCACGCGAUCGUACCCAACAUCCAUGUAAUAUAUGUGGUCAGAAAUUUACAAAAAAAAGUAAUCUUAAAAUGCACAUCGAUGCAGUUCAUAAUGACGUCAAGCAUAUGUGUGUUACAUGUGGAAAGACAUUCCCACAGAAAGGGAAUCUCAAAAUUCACAUCGAUGCGAUUCAUAAUGGUGUUAAACAUGCGUGUAAUAUAUGUGAAAAGACAUUCACACAAAAAGGAAAUCUCAAAAUUCACAUCGAUAAAGUUCAUAAUGGUGUUAACCAUGCUUGUGGUCUAUGUGCAAAGGCCUUCACACAAAAACGUUAUCUCAAGAUUCACAUUGAUGCGAUUCAUAAUGGUAUGGCACCAACUUGCGAAAUAUGCGGAAAGAAAUUUCAAACGAAGACUAAUCUCAAAAUUCACAUCGAUGAAGUUCAUAAUGGUGUUAACCAUGCUUGUGGUCUAUGUGCAAAGGCCUUCUCACAAAAACGUUAUCUCAAGAUUCACGUCGAUGCGAUUCAUAAUGGUAUGGCACCAACUUGCGAAAUAUGCGGAAAGAAAUUUCAAGCGAAGACUAAACUCAAGAUCCAUAUCGAUGGAGUACAUAAUGGUGUUAAACAUGCGUGUGGUAUAUGUGAAAAGACAUUCACACAAAAAGGUGAUCUCAAAAUUCACAUCGAUGCUAUUCAUAAUGGUAUGGCACCAACAUGCGAAAUGUGCGGAACGAAAUUUUCAACUAAAGCUGGACUCAAGAUUCAUAUCGAUGGAGUACACGAUGGUGUUAAGCAUACGUGUAGUAUAUGUGAAAAGACAUUCACACAAAAAGGACAUCUCAAAAUUCACAUUGAUGCAAUUCAUAAUGGUAUGGAACCUACAUGCGAAAUGUGCGUAAAGACAUUCAAGUCUAAAGGCAAUCUUAAAAUACACAUGAAUUCAAUGCAUAAUAAGAUCACCCACCCAUGUAAUACGUGCGGCAAGACAUUUUCACGAAAGGAUGUACUGAAAAUCCACGUGGAUUCAAUCCAUAAUCAAAUAACUCACACAUGUAAUACAUGCGGUAAAACGUUUGCGCUAAAAAGGACUCUCAAGAAACAUGUCGAAGCAUCGCACGGUAAUAAUAUUCACGCCCGUGAAUAAUUAUGUGGAAAGUCAUUUGCAUCAAAGAGCUAUCUAAAUAAACACCUCAGAUGUGUACAUGUUGGCUAACCCAUGCACGUGAUCAAUGCGGAAAAAAAAUGUCUGCAAAAUAUUUUAAAACGACAACUAACAAUACACAACAAAAAAAUAUUGAGACAAAUGAUUAGGCUCAAAACUGGCAUUAAUAUGGAGCUUCUUUCACGCAUUAUGAUCAAAUAAAUAUAUAAAAUGUAUAUUCAAUUUUGUAAAAAACAAUUAUCAUCAUAUUUUAGAUUACUUG